GUGAUCGGGUAUGUUUAAAGGUGUCGCGCUCUGCUGACCAGCACACCCCAGACGAUGUCCGAGUCGAUAUCACCCAGCGAAAUCGACGCCUUCGCGUCGAACCGACUUUCUUCACUCAGGGUACCUGUAACGCGUCGCGGGCCUCACCAGUCUCAGCAGCCACCCGCGUUGUUCACCAAGAGAUUUGUCAAGGGUGCAGUAGCUGCCUUAACGACUGUCAUUCUGUUUGUUCUCUGGUGUAUACUUCAGCCGCAAACAUCGGUGAGAAAACCUGUACGCGAUCCUCGACUGUAUGCGCCCAUCGUCCACCCUCGUCCGCCAUCUCUAUUUACGCAAUAUCACGAACACGAACUUCAAAUAUUUCAACACAAUCUGAAUGACAGCCAACAAAGACAGGCCAAGUACCUUCGAAUUCCUCGUCAAACGAGCCGGACAGGGUGGGGAAACGUGAUGCAAGAAAUUCUCCUUAAUCACUACCUUGCCUAUCGUUCUGGCAGGAGCUUUGUCUUUGAGAAUUACACCUGGCACGAAGACGGGUGGUUGGACUAUGCGCAUCUCAACCACGGCUCUGUGGCAACGCAGGUCCCCCUAUCCCUCUUCAUCCAAGGCCCGACGGUCGGAGCGCCUAUGGCAGACGGCGCCCUUGCUCCCUCCGCUGUGUUACAAGACUUCUGGGACAUGGCCUGCCCACAGCGAAUGAUCAUUGAUAGCGCAGAAAUCACAUCAGGUUAUGGCUCACAUGUCACGGCGAGCACCUUGAUUGAGACGUUCGCCAAAAAUCUCGAGUCCAUCAACGAUCCGAUGUACGCCAACAGCACACGGCUGUUGUCCGUAUGGCCUUCGUUCUCUCAGUCACCAAUUCUACAGGAAUUUGGCUGGUCUUCGCUGGUAGAGCUAGCCUUCGACACUAACCGCGAGCUCAUCGCCCCAUCUACCACCCUAGAUCCGUAUCUAACAGCCACGCCAUUCACCACACCUGCCAAACGUUACAAAAUCAUAUCUGGCUUGCUUGUCUUGCAUGUCCGGCGCGGGACGUUCGAAGACUGGUGUAGUCAUGUCGCCGACGUUGGAACGGGCUACAACGGCUACAAUAUGUUCCCUUCAAUGCCCGACAAACUGGACUUUGACCUUCCCGCCGAGACGCGUGUGCAGCGGGCGCAACGUUAUCGCCAGCACUGCUAUCCCGCAAUAUGGGAGAUAGUCCGCCGAGUCGAGGAGAUACGACAGACGCAUGCGGCCCAGGGGCUGCGCAACGUCUAUAUCAUGACCAACGCUCAGACGCCAUGGGUGCUCAACUUGAAGGCGGCUCUGCGGCGCACAGGGUAUUGGGAGAACGUUGCGAGCAGCAGGGAUCUCUUGCUCAACCGCGAGCAAAAAUACGUGAAGCAGCCGCUCGACAUGCUCAUCGGGCAGCGUGCGCAGGUGUUCAUCGGUAAUGGGGUGAGUAGUCUGUCUGUUUUUGUCUUCUCCAGUCUUUCCGGCCAGGUUGUCAUGUUACGCAUGGCCAACGGCCUGCCUGCCGAAACAUGUCGUCUAUGGUGAACGCGUUGCGUGGCCCGAACGAGCGGCCCAGAAACCUGUCCGCCCCAGCAUUUAGCAUUCCGCUGAUAACGCCCGUAUAUCAUACUUGACACAUUGUUUGUAAUCUAACACAUGUAUGGCCGCCCGAAGGCCCGAGAAUGGCCUUUAUGAGUAUCAUGCCGUUAGCGACAGCAUCAUCCUUUGGUGGGACAUUGGC